AUGAUAACUCUUUCAAACUGUGUUCCGACCAAUUUUUUAAUUGGUGCUGGUAUUUCAGAUGUUACUGGACCGGCAGCUGAAGUGAAUAUGAUGGGCUAUGCUAACCCUGUCCAAACAUCUCAUGGAAUACAUAUCAGACAAUACAGUAGAGCCUACAUAGUAGCCGAUAAAGAAAAUAAAACUAGAGUAGUAUUCGUCAAUGUGGAUUCGUGUAUGUUAUCACAAGGUGUCAAAUUAGAGGUUAUCAAAAGAUUGAAGAGUAAAUAUGGUGGAUUAUAUACAGAGAGAAAUGUUGGUAUUAGUGGUAUACAUACACAUUCAGGACCAGGUGGAUUUCAUCAAUAUUUAUUAUUUGAUAUUACAUCUUUAGGAUUUGUUAAAGAAUCUUUUGAAGCUCUAGUUGAUGGAAUAACUUUAAGUAUACAGAAUGCUCAUGAUAGAAUUCAACCAGCUAAUAUCUAUAUAAAUAGUGGUUUAUUGUUAGACAGUAAUAUCAAUAGAAGUCCUUCGUCUUAUCUUAAUAAUCCAGCAUCUGAGAGAAAACGAUAUGAGUAUAAUGUAGAUAAAAAUAUGACUAUAUUAAAGUUUGCUGAUGCUAAUGAUAAAGGUUUUGGUAUGAUGAGUUGGUUUGCUGUACAUUGUACUAGUAUGAAUAAUACCAAUGGAUAUAUUAGUGGAGAUAAUAAGGGUUAUGCUGCACAGUUAUUUGAACAGGCUAUGAAUAAAGACUCACUACCUGGAAAGGUCUUGAUUUUUAAUUUACUUAUGUCAUCUAUUAAUUUUGUGGCUGCAUUUGGUCAGAGUAAUGAAGGAGAUGUAUCACCUAAUACUAAAGGUCCACAUUGUCAAGAUACUGGUCUACCUUGUGAUAUCUUACAUAGUACUUGUCAUGGAAAGAAUGAACUAUGUAUAGCAGCAGGUCCCGGUAAAGAUAUGGUAGACAGUACCCGAAUUAUUGGUGAAAAUCAGUAUAAAAAAGCUUUGGAACUAUAUAAUUCAGCCAGUAAUAUGAUAACUGGUACUGUAGAUUUUAGACAUACCUAUGUUGAUAUGACAAAUGUCCAAGUCAAGAUCAACUCUACCACCAAAGUGAGUGUAAAAACCUGUAAACCAGCAAUGGGAUAUGCUUUUGCUGCAGGAACCACUGAUGGGCCUGGUAUGUUUAAUUUUGAACAAGGAGCCAACACUACCAGUUUAUUAUGGGACUUUGUAAGAGAUUUUCUCCAUGCUCCAUCUAAAGAACAAGUUUCUUGUCAUCAUCCUAAACCAAUCUUACUAGAUACUGGGGAGAUUAAGAAACCAUACCAGUGGCAGCCAGAUAUUGUAGAUGUACAGAUAUUAAAGAUAGGACAGUUGGCAGUUAUAGCUCUACCAGCAGAAUUCACAACAAUGUCUGGAAGAAGAAUGAGAGAAAGCGUUGAAAAGGCUAUGUCUGAAGAUACUGUAUCAGUUAUAGCUGGAUUAACUAAUGAUUAUGCUGAUUAUGUGGCCACAUAUGAAGAAUAUCAGGUCCAGAGGUAUGAAGCAGCAUCUACUAUUUAUUGUAGAGAAAUGAUAAAAACAGAAUAUGAAGUGCCAGGAGGACCUAAUCCACCUAAUCUAAUAGGUAAACAACUAUCAUUCCUCCCACCUGUAAUAUAUGAUACAGCUGGUACCAGAAAUUAUGGUGAUAUCAUUACUGAUGUUAAACCAGUUUAUUCUCAAAAUACUUCAGUGCAAGUCACAAUGGUUGGAGCUAAUCCUAGAAAUAAUAUAAAGCUUGGUAAAACAUUUUUAGAAAUAGAAAAGAAAGAAGGUGAUGAUAGCUGGUCAGUUGUAGCUACAGAUAGUAAUUGGGAUACAUUCUUUCAUUGGGAAUCAAAAGGAAUAUUUUUAUUAGGAGAAAGUCAAGUUACAAUAACAUGGAAUAUACCAGCUAAACAACCAGUUGGUUCUUAUAGAAUUAAAUACCAUGGGGAUCACAAGAAUAUUCUGGGAACUAUUACUGCUUUUACUGGCACUAGUAGUACAUUUACAAUUAAAGCUCAAACUCAUGUUUAUUAA